AUGUCAAAGAUUGAUAUUCACCAUCAUGUCUACCCCCCGGUUCUAGUAGAAGCUUUGAAAGAGGUCGGAGGUGACUCUUUCGGGUGGCAGGUUCCUCCCCCAUGGACAUUAGAAAAAGACCAGGAGAUCAUGGCCCGUAUGGGUGCUGAAGCAGCGAUUUUGUCGAUAACCUCCCCCGGUGUAUGUUUUGUCGAGGAUACCGACAGGGCAGCCCGCCUGGCACGUCAGUGUAAUGAAUUCGCUGCAGCCAUUCGUGACGAGAGACCUGGGAAAUACGGAUUCUUUGCCACGCUUCCGUCCUUAUGCGAUACCCAGGCGGCCCUUGACGAGAUUAACUAUGCGCUGGGUAUACUAAAGGCGGACGGGGUGACUAUUUUCGCCCAGUAUGGUGACGAACAUCACUACCUGGGCCAUACCUCGUUUCAUCCCAUUUGGGCAGAGCUAAGCCGUCUGAAAGCCGUGGUCUUUGUUCAUCCUACUUUUCUCCCUACCAGCGCCGCAGAGACACGUUGGGUCAACUCUUACAUGCCGCUGCCAAUACUUGACUAUUCCCAGGAGACUGGCCGCACUGCAAUGGACCUCAUUGUUAGCGGAGUCAUGAAGACAUACCCGGGAUGCAAGGUCAUCCUCUCACACGCCGGAGGUACACUACCCUACCUUAUUCACCGCAAUGCCGCCUUGUUGGCUUCUACACCUAAUAGCUGUGGGCAAACGCAAGAGGAGAUUCUCGACGCCGCUCGCAAAUUUUACUUUGAUACAGCCCUUGCUGCAAAUCAUGUCUCUCUAUCGGCUUUGUUUGCCUUUGCAGAACCAGGUCACAUAUUAUUCGGGAGUGAUUUUCCGAAUGCACCUGGAGAGGUAAUCGACCGUUUUACGGGCUACAUUGACUCAGAGCUUUCGGGUGAACAACACAGUCGGAUCUCUUACCUGGCGGCUUUGGAGUUGUUCCCGCGACUGAAGCCAUUCUUUGAAGAGACUGAGAUAAAACGGCCGGACAAGCUAGAUGGCUAA